AGCAAUGGAAGAGCAAAAGAGAAAAGAAGAAUUUCUGAAAACUCAAGAACCUUUUAGGAGAAAUGCCUUAAAGCUUAUCAAGCAGAUGCUGGAUUGGUGUAACAUGACUCCAGGAAGUAAACACUUAGUGGAUGAGAUGCUUCACAGCAUCUUCUUCCUGGGAAAAAUCAACAAGGUUCCCUACGACCCCGAAAGUAUAAUCGCUGACAAAGAGAUGUUGGAAGACUUGCAGGGGAAAUACCCUCGCCCUUUUAAGUUCUUCUUGACUCAACUUCCCAAGCGGAGUCCAUUCUCCUGUGUUAUGGACAUGAUUGUCAAGCAGAAAGGAGAAGAGAAUGACAACCAAAUAAUACAGAGCCUGAAAGAUCUCCUCAACGGUCUGGAAGUAGGGUUUCUGGUCUCCUCCACCAUCUGUGUCUCUCAGAAAUCCAAAAAUGUAAAAUCAGUCAGGUACUACGGCGUCUCCAUGUCCACUACUGGUCCAAAUGCUGGGAAUAUUGUGAUAGCUGCCUCCUGUUUGAGCGCUUGGGAUGAUUAUGUAGCUGAUGCAGUGAUUACCUAUUAUCCAGAGAAGGGCAAGAAGGACAAGGUCAAGAAGGAAUACUUUGAUGGAACAAUCAAGGUUCCAGGGGAGGUCAUAUGCAAAGCAUUUAACCUCAGCAAAGGAGAUGAAAUUCCUCCUUGUAGAUCUUGUGGGAAUUUGUUUGGUUUGGCCACAACUGUAAAAAAGGAGUGGGUCUAUGGCCACUGUGCCGAGGUUGAGAGCCUGAGCAACAUGCUUAAAAAUGAGGCAGAAGUUAAAAGGGAUACAAAACAAGAAUCUGCCACAUGCACACCUCCGAACAGGAAGAAAGCUAAGGACAGUGUCCUUGUCAAACUAAACUCUGUGCUAAGUACGAUUCAAUUUAAAACAUGGAAAGAUCAGCAGUUCUACGACCCACUGGUUGAAUAGUUUUGAAGAGGGAGGAAUAUGCAAGUAAAAAGGCCGUGAUCUUUUAUCAUAAAGUGGUAUAGUCUCUCUGUUUUUCAUCCUUAAAAGAUACUCCACUGUUACACAACGGGGAUGACAUUACUGUCAACGCAACAUGCUUUAUUAUCUCAAAUUAUUAAUGCUCCAGCUACAUGCGAUGUGCACUCUUGUACUUACUACUUACAUGAAGAACAUGUCAAAAAAUUGUAAGCUAAAUGUGUGUCAGCAUUUUGAACGAAACAAAUGGAUGAUUCAAAAAUUGUGUUGAUCAUGUUGAUGUCAAUAAAAUCAUAACUAAUUAAA